CACUCACCUUGUAGGCUUGUACUGAUCUCUAGAGAUGUCGGUUUUCUUUUCCCUAACUUGUUUUAUGAUGUUUUAUUGCUUUAGCUUUAGGGACCAUUGCCCUUCAGCUCAACCAGUUGGCACCCGGAUCCGAUGUGGUGUGUUCAACAACUGGGAAUUGGGGGAGGGGAUGAAGGGCCAUUCAUUGACAAAGCACUUCAUUGGAAAGUACACCCCCAAUACUAUCCGAAGUGCAAUGUCUAGCCCAACACCGGCACAGCUACCAAAUGUCUGCAGAUUAUGCGGGCAGGUAUGUCAUUUCCUCGUAGUGGGAUAGCUUCCUGCCUUUCGCUGUGGCUACAGGACAUAGUUUCACUUCAGCUAUGAAAACAACAAUAAUGUUUGGGUAUAGUGUUCGGUACAUAUUUUAUGACAUUAAAACAAAAUGUCUAGAUGAUGUGAGACACUUCGAGCCUCGAGCUUCACUACGUACCCAAGGUGUAUAUCAUAUAUAGAUGAAUCUAUUCCCUUGCUACCUCGGGUUGUCCAUUAAUCUCC